AUGGCACACCUUCAAAGUGCACUGGAUAGAGCUCAUAACUCCCCUCUCGAUAUCUUGAUUCGAAGCUUAUCAGAGGAGAUGGCUCAUGCCUUGUUUGCAGUACGCAGGUUGUGGAAAAGCCUCCACUACCACGACUACGAAUUAAACCUCAUGGAUUUCCAAGAUGCCGACAAGAUCCUUUUUCAAGUGCCGUUCGAGAAUGAGAACAUGGAAAGGUUCACGCUAAAUGGACGUUCGGCUAAAACCGUAGCCAGGAAUAUAGCCGUCUGGCUACAAGCAGCAAAACCACAUGAGCUACACAUCCAACUUUCCAAUAUUGGGUACUAUCUAGUGAAUGGAUGGAAUGAACUCUGG